GGGUGCUCCCUCCAGUCCAGGGCAGACUUGAGGCACAGAGACUGAACUGCUCCCUCCCUCCCUCCCUCCCUAAGAGAAAACAUUUGAGACUUGUAUUACAAAGGGGCAAGAUGUAUGACAUCAUUUUCACAGUUACAACCAUUUCAAUGUUAUCGAUGGUGUAGAACUGCAAAAUAACAUGUAAACAGUUAUCUCCUGUAAACACACCCAACAUCCUAUUUGAUAGCGAAAGAGCAAGGCGACAGUACAGCACCAGCCUGUUACUCAGAGUGUUAUUAUAACUGAGACUAAUAUGUGUGCACAGUGGGCUUGGGCUGUGCUGCUCUUUGUGACAUUGAUGACAUUAUUUGUCUAAUUUCUUACCCUGUCAUGACUGUCUUUGAGAUCCUAUCACAUUGGCAUGGUUCACCGCUUUCAUAAAAAUAAUAAGAUAAUAAUAGUUUCUAUUUUUACUGUAUUGUCGUGAUGUUUAUUCAGCCUUCACUUAUUGUUUGCUUAGGAAAAACCAUGACUGUCAAAAGCAACCCAAUAUUGGUUGUUGACAUGCAAUUGAGGACAGCUUGCCGAAGCAUUCUUUAUCCUCAGAAAUAUAACGCAUCUCAGGGUAUAUGGGAGCGGUCUGUCUGCCCGUCGCACUCGGUCAUUUUAGUGUUUUCAUCUAUUGAGCUGUCUGUCUGUCCGUUCAUCUUUCUGUCUGUGUGUCAUACUUACAUUUUUGCAUGCGUCUGGAGAAGAGCUUAUCAAAUUGUGACUUGACAUGUCUUUGAUAAUUGUUGUUCUGUACUAUUACACCGACUGAAAUCAUAAUGGCGGCGUGGAUCCCUUCAGACAUCUUCUAGCACCUUGUGGAGUCAAGGCUGAGAUCAGGGAAGAUGGGGGAUCGACUAGAUACUAGGGACAGCUCCUAAUAAAGUGGCCAGCGUGACACCCACUAAGAGAAUGGGGGCUCCCUCCAGUCCAGGGCAGAAAUCUACUGCUUGUUUUAUCCCAUAUUCUCCCUUCCAAACCCAAUAUCAACAGACAUAACAUGACACAAUGAAAACCAAAGAAGCAAACACGGUCUGUAAUUCAUUUAUGAAGUUGCUUAUAUGUCUCGUUACCGUUUCGUCUGUGGUUGGCCUCUCCCGUAGAGGAGUGACGUCGCGGUGGUAUUUAUGAACGUUUGGGCAGGAGCUCGAGUUAGCUAGUUACAGGUCUGCCAGGAGAAGAAGAGCUGUUUGCAUUUGCACGCCGCAUCACCUGAAAAGAACACGAAUCCCAACCGCAGCACAGCCUCCAGACGCACGGUUACAUUAAGCUGUGCAGAAAAUUACAGGGGAUAUUGACACAACAGAUAACAACCAUUUCGAAAUUCCAACAAAGGAAAAGGCUACCGAUUUGACAGCAGAAAUAACUUCUGCAGGGGGAAAAAAAAAAGAAGACAAGAUUUUUCCUAAAUCCGAAAGCCCUCUUCAGCACCACCGUUCGGUAAACAGCUUCAAUAAACUUCACGCCAGCUCGCCCCCCACCCUGCCGUGGAGACCCGACCAUCUUCUCAGUGUGAAGAAGACUCGCUGAGUCCACAGGCAGCGCACACCGGGAACAGCUGAAAAGAGACGCCAGAGUCUGAUAAUGAACUCCAAGAAUCAGACCCGUCCCAUGGUUGAGGAAAUUGAGUUGGAAAUUGAUGACCGCAAAAGACCCAAUUGAAAAACUGUAUUGCUUACAGCCAAGAGAGAGAUGGUUUCGACAGAAUCCUUCAGCUUUCACAAAUACACCAACUCAUCCUCCGAGUGCUGCGUGAACCGGAGCUCAUAUAGCCAGGGGUAUGAGAGGGAAGAUCAGAGCUCGCUGGCCCUUAGAAUCAGCAUCUCAAUAGUUUACUCUUUGGUCUGUGCCAUGGGCCUGGUUGGGAACGUACUCGUUCUACACCUACUGCGAACUGGCAAACACACCCAAAAAUCCAGCAUCAACCUGUUCGUGUUCAAUCUGGCUGUAACAGAUAUCCAGUUUGUGUUGGUCCUGCCUUUCUGGGCCGUGGAAAUGGCCCUGGACUUCAGCUGGCCCUUUGGUCUGGUCAUGUGUAAAAUCAUUCCUUCCGUUACCGUGCUCAACGCUUACACCAGCGUGUUCUUCCUCACCGCAAUGAGCGUGACCCGUUACUGCUCCGUGUCCAGCGCUAUCAAACCGCCAGCCCUGCACGGGCACUGCGCAGCCCGCUGGAUCAGCUUCCUCAUCUGGCUCGUGGCUUUCCUGGCCACUGUGCCCACCGUCGCAUUCACCACCCUCGACACGGUGGGGAGCGACCAGGCCUGCUUACUGCGUCUGCCCGGGAAUGGAUUCUGGCUCGCCAUGUAUCACCUUCAGAAAAUCGUUCUGGGUUUCCUGAUUCCCUUAGCCAUCAUUUUAAUCUGUUACCUCCUCCUGCUUCGCUUCCUGAAACAGCAGCACCUCAAUUACAUCCACCCAGAGCGGCAAAAUAAAGUGACCAAGUCUGUGAUGAUCGUGGUCUUCUCCUUCUUCAUCUGCUGGCUCCCCAACCACGUCAUCACGUUCUGGGGGGUCCUGGUCAAGCUGCUGGAGGUGGACAACGUGGCUUACAACAUCGUCCACACGUACGUGUUCCCUGUCACUAUCUGCCUUGCCCACACCAACAGCUGCCUCAAUCCGCUCAUUUACUGCCUGAUGAGGAAAGAGUUCAGGAAGGCGCUGAAGAAUUUGUUUUGGAGGCUCUCCGCUUUCCCUUUCUCCAAUUCCUACCUGGUAGCUUUGGACUUCGGUGUAGAGUCCAAAAGGGCCCAGGUAGCCAUCCCUCUGAACCCAAUGGAAAGCCACAGCCAGCAGGCAUUUCAGUCCUACGCGAAGAGGUCGCUCUUGCCUUCAUCGACAGCCACUACUGCGCACAAGAACUCGACCCCUGUCUUUAUUUGUUAGAACAGCCGUGCAUUUUAUCAUCCAGAGAGACAGCAAAAGCAAUUGUAGCUCACAGAAUAAUUCCAUAAAUCUGAUCCGUUUUACUCUUACAUUUGCUAAAGAUCUGAAAUGUGCAGUUUUGAAAGAAACACACGUGGUAUUUUCAUCUUAAAACAGGUAUCUGGUACUGCACUAAGUUCUCCGUUUGCGUGCCUUGCCUUCCAGGAGUUCUUUACUGCUUUGUUUUUUUUAGGUCAUGUUUUCAACAGGGAAAACAGCAGAGUUACUGACAGGAAAGAAGCCAGUUAAGGAAAUACAACACAUGGCUUGCAAACAGAGAAUUAUUUAGCCUAGUGCAGUAACAGAUAUCAAGUUUUAUAAUGAAAAUACAUGUUUUGUAAAUACAGGUUUUUCUUUCAAAACUGCUCAUUUGAGACCUGCUCAUUAGGGUUCCACUUAAAUCAUGGAGAAUGUACAGAUUUUUCCUGAGUAGGUUAUGGAGUAAAAUUAGGAUUUCACAGACCUGUUUAAACAUUAAAUAAACCUAAGCAGAUAAUAUUUCAGAGCACUACAAAGCCUUAAAAUAGUGGUAGUUGCUUCCUUACUGAAACAGAGCGCUGUCAUUUGCUAAAGGCAAGUUGCUUUCGACAUUCUCUGUCUCUGGUGUGAAGGCUUGCUCAUACAUUGAGACAGCACGGUCUGCAUCCAUUUAAUUGGUUGGAAAUGCAAGGCAAGGCUUUACCAAGUUACACAGAUGUGGAAAUCGAUUAGAAACAGUCCGAAAACUCUCAAGGGCAUCUGGCAUUGUUUAAUACAGGCCAUAUAUGCAGGAUUUUCGUCGUCCUGUUGUUUGUCCCAUGCAGGAUUUAACUUGGAUGCAACCGAAAGGAGUAGGAAUAGCGAUCGAUCGUGUUUUCUUCAGCCACAUUACAAGAUGUGUAAAACAGUUCCACCUGCACGUAAAGUUUCUUUGGAAAAUUUCUUGACAUGAUCGUCAGCCGAAAUAUACUUUGCUUUUACUUCCAACGCUGAAAACGAUAUUUUAUCAAAACUAAAAUUAAAAUAAAAACAGACUUUAUUUACGAGGCUCGGUGCGCAGCUGUCUGCUACCUGCAGCCGGUCAAACUGCAGCGGAGUUGCAGCUUGAAAUAAGGCGUUGCAUUUUUGUGUCUGAUUCUCGAUGUGAUUCCUGAGGGGAAAAAAAAAAAAUUUUCAUCGCUUUCCCAAAGAAGCAAAGAAGAGAAAAAAUGACUGCACAAAAAAAAAAAAAAAGAAGAGACACCGGUUCUAAUUUUCUGCAAAAUAACAAGAACCACCCGGUUUAGCGAUGUAUCGUCACAUAACAAUAUGAGAAACGUAACCUUGUUUUCGGUGCAGGGCGCUGUGUAGUUUAACAGAUUAUUUAUAAAUGGGUAAUGUUUUCUAAAUAAAUCCAAAUACAUCAUGUAUGUACUGUAAAUUAUACACUUAUACUUUGUGAAUUAUACAGUGUGUGUAACCCUGUAGCGUUAUAAUUCCACGUCUUUUUCAGAAUACUCGUAUUCAGAAUAUUGCCGAUCUUACUAUAAAUAUGCUGUACUUAUUAGCAUUUAUUUAUAAUAAUAAUAAUAUAUUAGCCUGUGUGUACAUGUACUGUUUGUGGUAUAUGGUGGUUAUAUAGGGUGUCUCGUGAAUUAUGAACACAUUUAAUAUGAAUUCAGCACAACUGCACAAGAUUCAAAACACAGCGGUAACUUCAUACAUAGUCAAAUAUAACACUGAACACAUUGUGAAACGCUGCUUAACAUUCAGCAGUUAUGAAAAAUAACAAUUAAAACUUUUUAAAGUUAUUGGGAAAACAAACACCUUCAGCAUUCGUGGGACACCCUGUAUAUGGUGCGUCUACUGAUGUCACAAUAAAAGACUUAUCAAUUCAAAAUGUAUUCUUGAACUUUGUUUAACAGCUGGCAUAUUACAUGUGCACCACAGCACAUAUUUUUACAUUAAAAAAACGAUUAAACGGGCCCCCCAGGAAAGUGGUGACACUGCAGUACACCUGGGAGUGAGCGUCUGUCACUGGGUUAAGUUUUUAUUCGUGUUAAAAUAAUACACAGUGUGUUUGAAUCAGCAAAGAGGCACUGUCACAAAAUGCAUGACAAAAAGGGCAUCCUUUACAUUCUCCUGCCUCUUAACUGUAUUUAGAAAGAAUUCACCCCCACACGAUUAAUACCAGUACACAUGGAAACAAUUAAACAGGUACUUAAUAUCAACGCUGUGCAUAUUAGUUCAAUUAAACGUUCUCGAGCUAAAACUGACAGAUAAACACUUUGAGGAUGUAAGUUAAUCACAGCGCAGUAUUCACUUUCCGAUAGCCAGAUAAGACGCUUGCUAAUUCACCUUCAAUUUCAUGACUGGAACCUCGAUCCAGUUGCUGUAUCCUUUGCUGUGUGCUGUUAGGAAUUUGCAUAUGAUUAUUUGCCCAGUCAUCGAUUUCUUCCUGCUUUAUUGGAGGUGCACGAAUGAUCGAUUUACUCCACCGAUCAGAGGCUGCAGCGGCCGGGACAGUAGCUAGCACACCAAGCCUCAUUUUCAAUUCCAUGACUAAAGUCCAUGCAGCAGUGACUGUAAUGUAGGCGAGAAUAGCAAAGUGUCUGUGUAAUGCAGGCGAGAUAAGCAAAUUUUCUAUAGCAGUAAGUAAGCCUGGAUCACCCAAUGAACAGUGAUGUGUAUUGUCGGCAGUACAGAUGCGCACUAGAUGGCGCUUUUGCCACAAUACAGACACCCUGGCUGAUCUAAUCUGGAAACUGCAACUGAAGAGACGCUCCCGAAUAAACGAUAUUUUAGUCAAUGCAAUACAAUCAGAAUGAUUCCAAACAUGAUCCAAAUAUAAAAUCUGAAUACGUAGUUAUUACAACAUGCUGGUAUCUUGCAACAGCCUGGGAAUUUAUGAAAGAAUGGUUGAGUAUCUCGUCUCCCAAGUUCACAGUGCAGAUUCGGUGGAUCUGGUGGGAGAGAGCUGAUAAUAUUUCUAGUGCUGAUAAAAGGUAAAGCCAAUUUUGGAUGAAACAAUGUCAAGCAGACAAACGUUCUGCUGUUUAGAUUAUCUAAGGGUCCUGCACUGUUUUAGAUACAUAGGAGAUCCUGUAUGAUGACUAGGAGAGCUUCUUAAAGACGUUUAUUUUUGCAGGAGCUGACUCAUGAACUGAAUGUGGUGAAGCCUGAUGUAUAAUUAACAGGUUUCAUGGUGUUGCAAUAAGGAAGUCAGAUCUCUAUAAUGAGUGAUUUAUUACAGUAUUUUUUUUAAGCCCCCUGACAAAUGAAUGUUGAAAAGGAGCAACCUUAGUCAGAAAUUGCUAUGAAUACAUUUUACUUUUACUGGUUCGGCAGGAGUAAGAUAACUCCUCUAAACCAGUAUCCAGUUCAUGUUUCUCAGCCAAACCUUUUAUCAGCUUGACAUUUGAAACAGUUUGCUCUUUCAUAGCCACUGGCACUGCACUUGUUUGUAUUGUAAGUAUCUUGAUCUCUAUUCUCAUUCUUUCAGAGGUGAAUCCAGAUCAAAGCUGACCCAGGCCACUCCACCUGAGCACAAACUAUAAAACAUGUCUCAACUCAUUCGGCAGGACUGUGUCAAGAUAUAAAAGAUGUAGACAAACAGGUUAACAAUGUAGACCCAAGACAAGAUCACACUUGUCCAGAGGUCAGAGGAAGCCAAGAUUGCUCUUCAUGUUGGUACAGGAGAUCAGGAGAGCAGAUCAAGAGAUCAGGGGAUCAGGAGAGCAGAUUAAGAGAGCAGGAGAGCAGAUCAAGAGAGCAGAUCAAGAGAGCAGAUCAGGAGAGCAGGAGAGCGGGAGAACAGGAGAUCAGGAGAGCAUGAGAGCAGAUCAAGAAAGCAGGAGAUCAGGAGAGUAGAUCAGAGGAGCAGGAGAGAAG